AUGUCUAAUCUCGACUACCACAAAAACAAAGCGCUUCAAAGAGAUUUGAGACAAAUCAUCAGCCGAGUUGCUUUCAUUCCGGAAACGCAUAUUAGAGAGGUAUCAGCUAUCACCACUGAGCCGUAUUCGACCUUGGAAGCAUACAGAAUAGGUCUGGAGUCAUUCACGCGAAUAGACUGGAACUGGUGGCCCAUGAAACCGUUGAGGAGACAGAUAAAAGGAGAUCGAAUUAUAAAGUGGCAGUGUGAUUGCAAUCUCACGAAUUACACCAGACUGUCGGUAGAAGAUCCUGCAGAAUUGAGCGCACUAUACGUUUCAAAUACGCUGCACUCUCCUCGAGAUGCGAGUCAUAUAAUUACUGCUGCAAGUCCAGGAACGGGAACAUCUCAACCACCUCCACCUUCACAGAAGUCCACUGCAACAUCACAUGUUCCUUCUCAAAAUGCAAAAAGACCCGUUUCAAAUCCUCUUGGUAAUCUUGCACCUACUUCUCCCCAGCAGGCUUCAUUACCAGGCCUCCCGUCAAAUGCCCACGUACUGCAAAUGCCAAACUCAGAACAUGUGCUCCUUGCCGUCCGCCGAGGAACAGACCUCCGCUUGGUGCAAAUUAUUAAGACAUCUGUACUAGCGACGGCAUAUUCUUCGCUCAACUAA